CUCUGAGCAAGUGGCUUGAGCUUUUCAUCCUGGUGACCACAGACUUGGAAACAAACUAAAGCCAGACACAUAGUAUGGAUACCAAAGGCCGUACAACAACCAAUUCUCCUUCAACCCCAUGUCAAAGCUGCUCUAGGAUUACAAAUGUUAGUACCAUCUCUUCUAACAACAGCUGCCAACGUGGCAGUCUUAAAGUCAACAACCGUCAACCAGCUGGCCACGUUCAGAGAAUUUUCCAGGACCAGGGCUGCCGACCCACCCUUUGCUCUUGUUGCAUGCCCAUCUACCUACUAAACAACUUCAAUGCUCGCUCCUCUCUGGAUGACUGCAGCUGGUAUAGUGAAGGCAUCAACAGUAAUGAGAAGGAGACCAUGCAAAUCUUGAACAACCGCCUUGCUAACUACAUGGAAAAGGUGCGGAUGCUAGAACGAGAGAAUGCUGAACUGGAGUCUAAAAUCCAGGAAGAGAGUAACAAAGAGCUCCCUGUUCUAUGUCCUGAUUACCUGUCUUACUACACUACCAUCGAGGAGCUCCAGCAGAAGAUCUUGUGUACCAAGGCUGAGAAUUCCAGACUGGUCUCGAAAAUUGACAACACCAAACUGGCUGCAGAUGACUUGAGAGCCAAGUAUGAAGCUGAGGUGUCUCUACGCCAGCUGGCGGAGGCAGAUGCCAAUGGCCUUAAGCAGAUCCUGAAUGUGCUGACCCUGGGCAAGGCAGACCUGGAGGUACAAGUUCAGUCUCUGAAGGAGGAGCUCCUUUGCCUCAAGAACAACCACAAAGAGGAAAUCAAUUCUUUACAGUGUCAGCUUGGGGAGAAACUUCACAUUGAAGUGACUGCUGCUCCUUCUGUUGACCUAAACCAGGUCCUACAAGAAAUGAGAUGUCACUAUGAGUCCAUCAUGGAGACAAACCGCAAAGAUGCAGAACAAUGGUUCAACGCGCAGAUGGAGGAGCUGAAUCAACAAGUGGUGACCAGCUCUCAGCAGCAGCAAUGCUGCCAAAAGGAGAUCAUCGAACUGAGAUGCACUGUGAACACUCUGGAGGUUGAGCUGCAGGCCCAGCAUCGAAUGAGAGAUUCCCAGGAGUGCAUCCUGACAGAGACAGAGGCUCGCUACACAGCCCUGCUGACCCAGAUCCAGAGUCUGAUUGAUAACCUGGAGGUUCAGCUGGCAGAGAUCCGGUGUGCCCUGGAAAGACAGAACCAAGAAUACGAGAUCCUGCUGGAUGUCAAGUCCCGGCUGGAGUGUGAGAUUACUACAUACCGCAGCCUUCUGGAGAGCCUGGAUGGCAAGCUUCCCUGCUAUCCGUGUGCCACUAAGUGUGAGCCUUCCCCUUGGACAUCUUGUAAGUCCAGAGCCAUGGAAUGCACGGCCCCAGCUUGCACGUCCUCAGCCUCCUGUGGCUUACAGGAGCCCUGCAGUGCCUGUGGACCCCUGUCCAGGAUACUGGUUAAAAUCUGCACCAUUACCAAGGAGAUUAAGGAUGGGAAGGUCAUUUCUUCUUACGAGCAUGUGCAGCCUUGCUUCAUCAUCAGACCUACCAAAGUCUAACAUCCCAAGGGAAUGGGAGUUUGUUCUGAUUGUUUGACAAGGAACAUUUAGCUGGAACUCUCAAGAAAUAACCCUUGCUUCUUCCCCUCCCUGUGAAGAGUGACAAAGAAAACAUAGCUUAGAUUCCUGCUUCAAUCUAUCCAUCAGAGUAAAUGGACUUAAGAUCCACACAUUUUGCAGAAAAGCAAUAGUGAAUAAUUGCUGCUUGUAAGCGCAAGGCAGUCCCAGUGUGAGAAGGCAUCAUUUAUAUGCCAGCCGUCAUCACGGUUUCUUACAGGAUAGUCACAGAAUAUGUAAGUCAUUCCCAACAAUAAUCAUUGGACAUUGUCAGAGGUUUUGAGAAAUAAUUCAAAAUCAAACACAGAUGUGAGGUCAAAAGGCCUACACUUGCAUUUCCCAGCUGUGACCCUGGGGAAAACAUUUAGACUUCAUCAAAUUUAAUUUCUGUGUUUGCUAAAUGAUGAUCAUGCCUACUUCACAGGGUUGUUGUGAAGAUCAAAUGAAAUGGCUUAUGUGAUACUGCUUUGAAUGCUGAAAAGCACUACACCAAUGUUAUUUGUAUGUAAGUUUGGCUUUUAGCUAUAGCCCUAGACCUAUUU